GCCUCGCGAGCCGUGUGAGCCACAACCAACGCCGGGCAUCCCCGUGUCGUGUCGUUCGGCCGCUCGCUCGAACCACCCCGGACACACCAAUUCCUACCACCAUGUAAACAAAGCGGCAGGUGUACGCGUCUCCCACGGGCGUGGAUCUGCGGAACGUCCGCGAUGUAACACGUGGCGACGGGGGAUCCGGAGGCUGCGUUUAUCGCGCGCGCGGGGUGCGAAAGUAAAAGUGACGUUCUCCACUUUUCCGCUAAGGGCAAUACGCGGUGACGAGUGUGCGAAAAUGGAGGUAUUUCGAGUCCGGGACGUGGCUUUCCGCUGGCGAGAUCGAUGAUGGUGGCAAGUUCAAUCUACCGCUCCCGCGGACAUGACGAUGUUAUUACGAGUUGCCGAGUUCGCCGAAGAUGUCUUGUUCGGGGCUGAGAGACCAACUUCGAUCUUCCCCUGUCGGACGCCGUAACAAUCGCUGGACCCCGAGGAUGUUCCUGCCCGAGACAUCCAUUGACGGUCCAACUUUGACUUUCAUAACAACUCCGACCCGCUAGACUGUCACGACGAUCAUCCGUAUGCGUCCCGCGUUUCCUUCGAGCGGAUCUUAUUGACGAAAUUCGCAACAGUUCACCAACCGUGGCAGCUCUCCAAUGAAAAAUUUGCGGCUGUCCGAGCGGCUGAAAGAGAUCGCCGUUCCGCUCAGCCGAAGCGUCUCUCCCCGUUUAAUCGAAACGAACAAUUCGCCAAUCAUUUCUCUCACGCCACGGCUUUCAUCGUAUCGCCGUUCCGUGUGCAUCCGCCGCUCGUAAUCGAUGAUCAAUUGUUGCGACUACCGCCAAUAUUGCGCGACCUUCGGAUAUAUGGUCGCUGUUAAACACUUUGAUCGAGUAAUACGUCAUCCUUUCGCCUUCGAAAUUACCGGAUUGUAAUUAUAUCCUUUGCGCUUUGCGAACCGAGACAGAUAACGGAAACAGGACGACGUGGGUCCUGUUUAUAUUGCGGCCAACUAAGUACACAGUUACACUCGGACAUUCGAGAAGAUAAACCUUAUAGACUCCAUCUCCUCCGAUCCUGUGUCGACCACGUGUUUCGUGUGAUCUACGGUGGUGGUGUGCGAGUGUUAUGACGAGGUGUAACGAGGUGUGCGAGGUCUUGAGAUAACGAUGCUUUAAGUGUUUACGCCAAGGAGGUAGCUAUCUCUUGAUAACACAUUGGAGAUCUUACACGCUCAUUCAUGUAGAUCACACGCUAUCGCCUCAAGUUUAUCACCCAGGUUGGAAAGGCAUCCCGGAAGCGUCCUUUACCGGGAUUCGCUUAUCGAAAUUUUGAAUAUUUUCCGCGAAAUGAAUUGAGAUUGGUAGCUUAGAUCAAAGAGACAUUAAUAAACACGUCGAAACAAUGGCGCAGUAGAGGUAUCUUGUAAUUAUGCAAACUAGAGGUACGAUUAUAAGCGACACGUUGUCUAAGCGUGCUAUCUAUGAUAAUUGCAGAUACGUCAACUACGGUAAUAUUGCUAAUGUUCAGUUUUCAGUUCAAAGCGAUAACGCGUGCAGUUAAACGCACGGGCAUGAUUUCUUAUAAUACUUCAGCAUCGUAAUAAUUAACACUUUCGCUACCACCGUUUUCCGAAAAAGGGAUCGGUAAAAAAAAAGAUCGGAGAAAAUUAUUUUUCGUUACGUAAUCUGUCUGGGUAAUUGUGUAAGAAGUUACUUUAUGUUACUUAUUAACAUUUGUAUAUAAGAAACUACUUUUCGCGUCGAUGCAGAAAUCAUUUUGCGAUUAUGCUUUAUUAUUGCGAUUAUUCCUUUAACUCGCACCUACAAUAAGGUAGUGCAAAUUAUUAGAAUAAAGAAGAUUCUUCGGUAAGUAAAAUCAAAACGGUAGGAAAUAAUUACUGGUCCUUCUGUCGUCAACGCAACGGUAUGACUUUAAGUUUAAAAAGUCUUGUUACAUACAACGCUGUAUCAUAUUUGCUAGACAAAUUUUGAGAUUGCUGUAGAUAUGGUACGUACGUGACACUCGGUCGCGAAAGUGUUAAUACGACCUCACAAUCUUAUGUACAAUCGUAGUUAGAAAAUACGCCAAGAUUAGCAUAUACUGCGCCGUCGAUGAAACAUGCUAACCAGCUGUCAAUUCAUUGACUCAGCCGCAUGCUCGCGCUAAGACAAGGCAAAUAGCUCGUUGAACGUAACAUAAGCUCAUAAUGAAAUCAAGUAUAUACCGCACAAUGUCUCGUUUUCCUACGAACUCUGCAUUAAAAGACAAACAACUUGACUUUCUUAACAAACAGCAUAAUGUGAUUAAAUAAUCUUGAAUAAUUGAAGAAACAAUCGGUACAAUGAAUAAAGAAAUAGUAGUCGAUCGAAUAAUAUCGACUGUAUAACAAUCGAAGAUGCCGAAAGCCUCUGUCGAUCAAUGUGGAGAAACAUUGUGACAUUAUUUUUGUGUGUCGGUGGAAUUAUCAUGAAACUAAAACACUGCAAAUUGACUUUCCUGCGGUGAACAAGAUACGCCGGAAGUGAUUUGAUCGGGGAACGAGCGUAGCUGAACAACUCGAAGGUUAUCGUUGCACGAAGAGACUCUACAAAAUCUGUGAAAAAUGUGCCCCAUGAAAAAUCCUGUUUGGACGUCAACUCGAAAUUUGGAAAAAAAAUUCUAACUGCAGCCGUGUGAAAUAAUUCGCAACGGCAAAUUAUACGAAAACGAGUCUGCAAUCGUGAUUAUGAUCGCAAGUAGAAUCCAUAUAAACGGACAAUCAUUAACUCAAGAAGAUCCAAGUAUACGAAACGCCUAGAAGCUCAAAUAUUCAAGUACCAAUUUAUUCAAGUAGUUUAAUGGAGCUUAUUUUCCGAGAUAUGCACCCUCGCCUAAUUCCUUUAUUUUGGACCUCGACAAGUGAGUCACGAAACACUCUACAUAAAUCAUUUAAAAAUGAUGCAAAUUAAGAACUGCGCGAUCUACAUUGCCAUGGUGAAGCUAUAACUUGAUAUUCGUAAAUGGAUCGAUUGCACGUCGGCCGUAUCAAGGAAGAAGCGGAAGAAGACGAGAAAGAAGUCGUCCAACGGCGAUAGCCAGUCGAAAGCCGUGAGAAAAAGCCCAGUUCCUCAAGAUGGAUUUAAACGAGAUAGAGAUGGAUUUCAACAACACCGCGAAUUCACCGUAUGCACAGGCAUUGUCUGCCAACAACACCAACCAGCAGAACAACACCACAAACUAUCACGAUAUCGAGGAUGUCCUCCUGCUGACUUUUAAAGCACUCAUCAUGAUAUUCAUCAUCCUCAGCGCUCUCUUUGGCAAUCUAUUGGUCAUCGUCUCGGUCAUGAGACACCGGAAGCUCCGGGUAAUCACCAAUUAUUUCGUGGUAUCGCUGGCCUUGGCGGACAUGCUGGUGGCGUUAUUCGCCAUGACGUUCAACGCAUCCGUGGCACUUUCUGGACGUUGGCUAUUCGGGUAUUUCAUGUGCGACGUGUGGAACUCGCUGGACGUCUUCUUUAGCACCGUCAGCAUCCUCCACCUUUGCUGCAUCAGCGUCGACAGAUACUACGCGAUCGUCCAACCGCUCGACUAUCCGUUAAUCAUGACGAACGUGAGACUGGGAACCAUGCUGAGCGUCGUGUGGUGUUCCCCGACUGUUAUUAGCUUCCUACCGAUCUUCGCGGGAUGGUAUACCACGGAGGGCCAUCAGACGUACAGAGAGAACAAUCCGCACGAGUGUGACUUCAGAGUCAACAAGCUCUACGCUAUCGUCAGUUCCAGUGUUAGUUUCUGGGUACCGGGGAUAAUCAUGAUCGCCAUGUAUUACAAGAUUUAUUGCGAGGCCGAUCGUCAGGAGCGCAUGCUGUAUCGGAGCAAAGUUGCAGCCGCUCUACUAAAUAAACAUCUGCAAAUCAACGGGAUCUCGGCUGGUCUAACGUCUCUGCCGACCGUAGACCAAUCGUCGCCCGAACCGCAGCCGGAAGAACCGCCGAUGGCUAGUAGCAGCAAGAUGAAAAGAGAGCGGAAGGCAGCAAGAACGCUCGGCAUCAUCAUGUCGGCGUUUCUGGCUUGCUGGCUGCCUUUCUUUCUUUGGUAUGUCAUCACGUCUCUGUGCGACUCGUGUAAAAGCGGCGACGCGGUGGUAGCGACGGUGUUCUGGGUGGGCUAUUUCAACAGUGCCCUGAACCCGCUGAUCUACGCAUACUUUAAUCGCGAGUUUCGCGCAGCCUUUCGCAAAACCCUCGAAAGCUGCUGCCGCGCGAUCGGACCGGUGCAUGAUCUUCGCCAGGUGCAUCGUAAACAGGACCUCGUGCACAGCAACGCCUCGUCCGAGCUGCAUGUCAACAAUCAGCUGCGCAAUAGCGAGAUGACCAACGUCCAUAUCGAGGCGUGCAUUUAAACGGAUUAUGGGAUCCGUAGAGGUGAAAGUAACAGCGGAGUCCCCGGAGCAUCUUUUGAAUAAAAAGAAAUGGAUAGGACCGGAGUAGCACAGGUAGGACGGAUCAAUCCUAAAAGUGAGAAUCAGGGUGAUCAAAAAAUUUCUUCCUUUUUUACUAUGCAAAAUGUUUAAUAAUUCGAUACUAUAAUCUAUUCUUCCCUGUACGAAAAUAUCGAGUUUAAAAAGUUAUUUUAAAACGCGUAGGGAAACAUUUAAUUUAAAAAGGCGUAUAAUUUUUUAAAUAUAAGACAUAACUUGGCAAAAUUCUGUUCUUCCUGAAAAAAUGGUGUACUUUUUAUGUUGAUAAAGUAAAAAUAAUGUUCGAGAUAGUGUUACGGAGACGUUGAUAUAUCAUCGUGUCUUUGUAACUAUAAUCUUUUCUGAUUAUCUUUUUUAAAUGGGGUUUUUGAGAAAGAAGUUCAGGGAUACAAUAAAAUAUAUAAAGAAGAAUAAGGAAGCCAAUUCAAUUUUAAAGAAUUUAUCAUUGAAAUGAAGACUGUUCGAAAAAAACACACAAAGAAUUUAUCAUUAAAAUUAAGAACGUUUCAAAUUCGUGAAAAAUUUUCAAGUCGUUGUUAAAGCUAAGGUCAUCCAGGUGUGCAACGUCAUAUAUUUGCGUCAAGUAUUCGCAAAUGUCAAAUCUAAUUUGCGAGAGAGAAGGACAUAGUCCCAAAGAGAACGUGAAUAGAGUAUGUACGGCAUACUCGUGCCUAUUUCGUCCUGCGGCCGACCUAUUUUAAGGGAUACAUUCGCCGUUCGUCCCCAAGGGUCUAUUUCUGUCCCGGCAGCGUUCCAUCAGGUCCGUAAAUAAGGCUCCUGUCCGUCGGCAGAUUGAUGUUCCGUUUCAGCAGUAAUAUUUUAGCCCGGUGGUCCGAUAACGUCGAAAUAAACUUUCGAACUAACAUUUGAUUCGUGCGCGAGCUCCUAUAUUUUGCCUUGAUUGCCAUCAUAUACUUUUGCGACAAAUUAAAUUUCUGCUCAUCUGAAAUUGAAUAUGGUGAACAGGACGUUUUAAUUAUAUGUGUACGUGUAAUGUUAGCAAAUUUCAACCUUUAAAGCUUGCGUACAAAGAAAAGGUAUUCUUUUCAUUCUAUUAUCUUCGCCCUUAAUCACUUAAAUUUUUGAAUAGAAUUUUAGCUGAAAAAUUAGUUUGCGAAAUUAUCCAAAAGUUAUAUGCGCUUUGAGGAUUUUUUCUGAAAAAAAAAGAAAUUAGCUCGAAACUGAUAGAAUAAUUUGCAAGAGGGCAUGGAAGGAUUAAUUAAAAAGUAUGGUCUGAGGUUUUUCUGUAGACCCGCAAUUAAAGAAGAAGCGAAGGGAAAAACAAAGAGACCAAAGAAAAGGGUUGGAAGGCGGGAGAUAAAGCUGUUCUACUCAUUUAGGGGAUCACUUUGUACAUAAUUGCGCUGCGACAGCGCGUUUCGUUAUAAUCAAAGGGAUUUAUAUUAACGAGCUCUUAGCGUUAAACGAGGUAUCAUUGUAAAUACGAGUCUGCGUUCGUUUAGACUCGAGCAACUUCGUGUAUAAAUGUUAAAGCGUAUCAUCCCUCUCGCAAGACAAAUCAUUUUAUCAGAAUAGAUAAAUUUAUGAGGGCAUCGUAUUAAAGAGAAUCACUAAAAAUGCCAAAGAUGAAGAGUAAAAUAUAUUAUAUAUACAUAAGUACACAGUAUACCUACAUGUACAUGUACAGCAAUAAGACGUAAGAAUGUUGAUGAUGUUCCGUUAUUCGUUAAUCGUAACAUAUUAUAUAUUUAUUAUAAUUUAUUAUAUGUUGUUUAUUAUAACGAAUUUAGCGAAUAUUCGAUUCUAAAUUGAAUCGAAUUCAUUUUGAAACUUUGGAAAUAUUUAGUAAGAAUGGAGGAAUGUGAGAGUUGUGUUUGUUAUCGACCACAUCGUCUAGUCAUUUCUUUAGAAGUCUUGUGCACAGUCUUAGAAAGUAACACCGUCAUCGAAAUUAUACUAGAUCGAUUUAUCUCAGAAAGGGUUUUUUGUUAAUCAAAAUCCUUAUAUUUUCAAAGAAGAAACACGCCUAUUUUUAAAAGAGUAUCGAUUAAAAGUUAUUAUUUUACACUGCCAAUAUAAUUUCUUAUGGUUAAAAUGGCACAAUUUGACACAAUUAAUAAUAAAUAACUUAAUAAUGAAAGAAUAUAAUACAAUUAAAUGCUGUCUAAUCUCAUGAUACGAAUGUAUAUUAACGAUCAAUCAAGAAGAUAUUCUACAAUAUAUUUUACUGCCCUCUCAGUCGUGAUAUUUAUAUCGAAGCGUACAUAUAAAUAAAAUAUGCGUAAUAUUUUUUUUUGGAAUAAAACCCUCUUUCUGAGAUCAUUUCGGUCUAUUAUAUUAGACAGAACAUAUUUGAGAAAGAUUGGUAAAGGUGGCGAUGAUGAAACAAUCGGCUUUACGAAAGUGUAAUUGAUUUUUUAAUCCUUUUUUAUCAGCUCUUUUAUAUCAUCGGUUGGCAGAUCAAAGAAGAUGGUAUACGUAAAUAGUUAUGUAUACAUAUUUCAGAAUGCAGAACAAUCACUAACGUAAAUACGAUCGAGCGCGGACGAUAUCGUGGACAUGUCUUUUUACUGCAAUUACAAAUUGCAAUUAGUAAAAAUUGAAAUUCAAAUUAUAUAAAUAGCAGUUUCCAAUAACUUUAAUACAUUGAACGUUUCAAUACUUUUUAAACUUUAUAAAUCAUAAGGCUUAUUUAAUUCUAAUUGUACUAUUCUAACUUGAAAUAAUAACUAAAUCUUAUUUUAAUUUUGACAAUAGGUAAAAUAUAGUGUAUUUUUAUAUCAAUGAAAAUAAGUUUCAGAAAAGUUGAUAUGUAAAUUUUAGCUUUUAGCUCUUUCCUUAUUUAUCACCAUUGCCACACAUUUUGGUUUUUAAUCGUUUCCUUACGUAUAUAUUUACGGAAAACGAAUUACGGGGUACGGAAAUGCUACGAAAUCGUUCGCCAGCUCGAUCUAUUCGUAUAUCACGUGUCUGUUAGGCUACGGCUAUAAAGGCGACUAGUGUCCUCCUAAUGUAACGUACUGUGCAACGUUGUAAAUCGAUGUUUACGAGACGUCUCUAGAGUCAAAGCGGUUUUGCCAGCGAUCACAUUGGCGAAGCAGUUUUAUCGCCAGAGAGAAAAAGGAAAACCGAUUUCAGAUGAUUUUUAAUUUGCGGAAGGAUUAAGAGGAGAAAAAUU